AUGGAUCCAUCUCCAGACGAGAUCAGAGCCCUCGCAGGCGAGCUGAGUCAACUGGCGAACGGUGUAGCUUCGGCCCAAGACCCCAUGGCCAGAAAGCAGCAAACCACGGCCUUGAUCAUGCAAGCGAAGCACUUGAUCUGGGCAGUUCAGGACCCUUUCGAUGCUGUCAUGGAUCACAUUGUCAACGGAUUCACCAUCGCUGCCUGUCUCACAUGCUCCAAGCUUGGUGUCUUCGAAGCAGUCCCUCCUGUUGGUACUGCCUCGGUCAAGGAGGUUGCGCAGAAAUGCGAUGCUCCCGAGGAGCUCAUCAUUCGUCUCAUGCGCCAGUUGACGUGUGUCAACAUAUUCAAUGAGGUCCGCUUAGGCGAAUGGGCCCACAACAGACUUUCCAUCGCACACAGUGAGCAUGUCGGCGCAAUGAGUGGCAAGUGGCUGUACAGUGUGUCGCUUGAUGAAAUGGCACCGGCAAUGUAUCGACUGAACCAUUACCUUGACCGCUUUGGCAACCACUCCCUCUUGGACACCUACACCGAGACUCCACAUUCCUGGUACUACAACAUGACAGGCAAGAACUUCUGGGAGGUUCUCAACUCAUCUCAUCAUCGUAUGGAGAACUUCAUCCGAGGCCUUGGCCUGUUCGACACCCUUCAUCCCGUGCUUGCCAUGUUCCCUUUCGAGGAGGUCUUGCAACAAGGCAGUUCGCCAAACCGUCCGCUUAUGGUUGACAUCGGUGGUGGUAGGGGUCUCGCACUGCUUGAGAUUAGGAAAGGAUGCCCAAGCCUCCAAGGCGAAAUGAUCCUACAGGAUCGCCCCUAUGUGCUCGACGACAUCACGUCGGAGGAUCUCCCCGGAGUUACCAAGAUGCCACAUGAUUUCUUCCAGGAGCAGCCUGCCAAAAAUGCUCAGAUGUACUAUAUUCGUCGCGUCCUGCAUGACUGGCAGGACAAGGACGCUGCACGGAUUUUAAAAGCAAUUGUACCCGCCAUGGCCCAGGACAGUCGCAUUGUCAUCUCCGACAUGGCGAUCCCUGAGCCCGUCACUCUGAGAGACGCCGGAGCCGUCUGGUUGGACCUUAUGAUGAUGACCAUUGGGGGAAAAGAGCGCACCGUGCGUGACUGGGAGAAACUGGCCGACAUGAGCGGGCUGAGACUUGUGCGUGUGUGGCAAGAGCCUGAAAAAUUUGGACCUCUCUGCGUCGUGGAAUACAUGCUGCCCGAUCACGACGGAGGACGAUUUGCUGACGACGACACUGCGGGCGACGCAACCUAUGAUCAAGAGGGCAUGGCCACUCCACGGAUGCCCGCCUUCGACGCCACUACGCCCAUGGGAAAUGAGACAGAACCCUUGGACUCGAGAGAUGUCGACUGGGAGGAAGGAACUGUGUUCGGGGAUCGGGAGCAGAGUCUAGAGCCAGGACGACGCUGA